GGUGACCCAACUAAAUGCUUUACAGGCACUAAUCCAAUCAAUUCCCUCCUGUAAGCCAUUUUGUCCAUGGCAGAUCUAUCAAUCACAGUAAUAUUCUCUUUAGGAAGGAGAACCCAAAUAAAUAAGAAAAGAAAAUACCCACUAUAUACAACAAAAUUUCACUCUAGCAACCAAGACCCCAGAGUGGAAAAAAGUGAAAAAGAUUACAUGAAAAAAGAAAAGAAAAGAAAAGAAAACGGUAGUAUUAUACAAAACCCUUUUGAUGGCUAGGGAGAAAGAAAGCGGGAGAGAGAAAUGAAAAGGGAAGUAAAAAGAGGAGAAGGUGUAGCAGAAAAGGUGGAAAUUUUGUGUGAAAAGUUGAGUAGGAGGGUAUUAUUGGUAGGGAACAGGAAAGGAGGGGGGCCGUGUACCCCAAUCUCUACUUGGAAACUUUACCACCCUCAGGCUCGCCUUCAUCAUAACAUCCCUCCUCCUGCUGCUUCUGUUUCUGCAAGAAAGUUAGCUGCUUCCCUCUGGCAUUUUCAUCAAUACCUUCCUCAUCGUCAACCUAAAAUGCAUAGAGCUGUUAACAACACUAAUGGCCGGUACCACCAACGCCACCACAACAAUCUUUUCAAGGACAAAGGCAUUGACUUUUCUCAUUUCUUGGCUGAUCCUUGCCCCAGCUCUGAUCCUGACCAGCCAGAGAGUACAAGCAGUUUGAGGAGGCAUGUUGGUCAAACACUGAUGAAACACCAUCGAUCUAUUGAAAAAAAUAACCAUGCGCUGCAGCCUGUAUCUCCUGCAAGUUAUGGCAGCUCAAUGGAGGUGGCACCUUACAAUCCUGCAGUCACCCCUAGUAGUUCUUUAGAUUUUAGGGGAAGGAUUGGUGAGUCGCAUUAUAAUCUCAAAACAUCUACAGAACUGCUAAAAGUACUAAAUCAUAUUUGGAGCCUGGAAGAACAACAUGCAUCUAAUAUCUCAUUGAUCAAAGCAUUGAAGAUGGAACUAGAUCAUGCCCGUGUUAGGAUCAAGGAGCUACUUCGAGAUAAGCAAGCAGAUCGACACGAAAUUGAUGAUUUGAUGAAGCAGAUUGCUGAAGAUAAACUAGUUAGGAAGAGUAAGGAACAAGACCGGAUUCAUGCUGCUGUACAGUCUGUGAGGGAUGAACUAGAGGAUGAGAGAAAGUUAAGAAAACGUUCAGAGAGUCUACACAGGAAGUUAGCUCGGGAAGUGUCUGAGGCAAAAGCUUCUCUUUCUAAUGCCUUGAAAGACCUUGAAAGAGAAAGGAAAUCAAGGAAGCUUUUGGAAGAUCUUUGUGAUGAGUUUGCAAGGGGAAUAAAAAGCUAUGAACAGGAGGUGCAUACUCUGAGACAGAAAUCUGAUGAAGAUUGGGCAGGAGCAGCUGACCAUGAUCGUUUGAUUCUUCAUAUAUCUGAAUCAUGGCUUGAUGAGCGGAUGCAGAUGAAGCUGGAAGAAGCUCAGUCUGGUUUUGCUGAACAGAAUUCAAUAGUAGACAAAUUAAGCUUUGAAAUAGAGACCUUGCUUCAAGCUAAACGGAUUGGUACUUCUGUUUCUAAGCGGACUGAUUAUUUGUCACGAAGUGAUCGCAGGAAGUCACUUGAAUCUAUCCCUUUAAAUGAAGCUGUAACUGCAGCUAAAGAUGUUUGUGAUGAGGAAGAUUCUGCUGGCAGUGAUUCGAAUUGUUUUGAGCUGAAUAAACCAAGCAAUGCUGACUUGAAACCACAUGAAGAUGAAGCUCGAACUGGUAAUAUCGAGGAAAUGAUGAAAUCAAAUCAUGAGGAGAAAAAACCUUCAUCUCAUGAAAAGAGUAAAAGUCGGCAUCCAUCCAGCUUGCAAGUUAAGUUUGAAGAAAAGAUGGCCAGAGCCUUGUGUAACGAAAAUAAGAAGUCCGAAUUGGCAGAUACAGAACAGAAGAAUACUGGCGUAGGGAACACCACAGAAAUAACAGUAUCACAAAAAUUUGAAAAUGAUGAAGCUACCCAAUAUGGCAGCGAGGGAAGAAAGAAUAAGCUUGAUGAGAUACAUGGACUGAGCUCAAAUUAUGUACUGGAUAACUUGAUAAGAAACCAUAUAGCGUUGUCAGAAGGUGGGAAUAUAAAUCCUGAAAACGAUCGUGGUGAGGCCUCUUGUAGUUUCCCUUCACGGAGGAACCAGCCAAGUCCAGUGCGACGAUGGAUGACGAAAUUCACAUCCCCUGGCCUAGAUGUAUCCGAGUCUUCUACCAAGUUACCUCCAGGAACGAAGGAGAACACUUUGAAGGCGAAGCUUCUUGAAGCAAGGUCGAAAGGUCAACGUUCUCGAUUAAAAAUAUUCAAGGGCAAGUCAUAGGCUUUCAUGAACAAUCAGCUGAAAAACUCACAGGAUUGGCUGCUUCUGCGUUGCUUGCAGUCCGGCAUUAUGCUAUGUGAAUACUGGCCAACAUGCAGAAUAAUCUGCACGUUGCUAUGUCAUAAUCUUCUUCUGUAAUUCUGGAAUUUUUUUUUUUAUGUCUGUAUAUUUGAGUAAUAUCACAACAUAGUUACUAAUCAGAUGAAUUUUGGGUCCAUUUACAAUUUUCAGUAACCAUUUGUUCCAAUCAAUCAUUUCAGCUAUGUCAUCCAUCCCCCCAUUAAAAAUUUAAAAUCUUGAGGCUUGCGAGGUAUUGGAAAAUUUUUUGCUCUUUUGAUUCUCCUUUCCCUGCUAAUUUCCGUAGUGACAAAAGGGGCCUUAGGGAAAGUGUUGUUUUACCUUUGGGGUUU